AUGGGCGAGCCGGCAAAAUCACCCACUCCACAGCCAGCGAGUAGUGGAAAUAAGCUUGAUAGCUUGUCGAAAGAAGAUUUAAUCAAAUUUGCGAAAAAGCAAGUGAUAAAUGUGACGGAGUUGAAGAAAAAUCAAGAAGCACUUGUUAAAAAACUGAAGUCGAGAAAUGAAGAAUUUGAAGAAUUAAAAAAGGAAGCGGAAAACUUGAAAUUCGUAAACGAAAAGCUGGCAUUAAAGCAUGCAGAAAAUGUUGAAAAUAAUCCAACAGAAUGCACCGAAUGUAUAAAAGAGAGUGAAAGGCUCAUAGAAUUGGAAAAACAAAUGGAAGAAUUGAAGGAAAAAGCGACGAAAUCAGAUAUGCUCUCGCUCGAGCUGCGAGAUUUAGAAACACAAGUUGACACGCUAACCAGAGGACUUCGCGAGAAAACUGAAGCAUUAGUUAAAGCUCACGAUGUGAUUUCGGAAAACGAUGCGAAAAUUAUUGAAUUGCGAAACGAUUCAUCUUCAAAAACUUCACAGUUGGAAAAUUUGGUUGCUGAAAAUAAAACAAUUGGCGAGAAAUUAAAAGUCGAAAUUCAUAAAACAAUCUCACUCGAGAAACAAUUGAAAGAAGCAGAAUCGAAGAUGGCCGAUUCGAAAGAAAAAGAAGGUUGUGAGAAGCUUGGACUGGCCAGACAAAUGGCGGAAUGCGAAAAUCGCUCGAGAUUGUUAGAAGAGGCCGUUGAUGUUUUACGCAGCGAAAAUAUCAAGUUGAAGCAAGAAGCUGAAGAAGCUUCAUCAAGUUUACAUCAAUUGCAAAAGGAAUAUGCGGAAUUUAAGAAUAAGGCCCGUUUUGUUCUGGAAAAAAAGGUAAAAGAAGAAGACGAUGACAAGGAAGCGAUGGAGCAAAUCGAGAAGGCAAAUCAAACGAUUUGUCAACUUGAAUCCUCGCUGGAAGAAUUGAAAGAACGACACAUUAAAAUUCUUGACGAGCUCUCAAUCGCCAAUGAUAAUCAUGCUCGCGUGCAAAAAGAGCUUCAAGCGAUCAAAAUAGCAAAUGCCGAAACCGAGAAAAAUCAUUUGAAAGCUUUGGACGACGUAAGAAUGAGCAAUUCGGUGGUAGUGAAACGGCUCGAAGAUGACCUUCUCAUGGUGAAAUCUUCUCGCAACAUCGCCGAGAAGAAGUGCAAAGAAUUGGAAAUCGGGAAGGAGAAGCUCGAUCAUUUACUAGUCGUUGAACGCCAAAAAUCCGAGUUCGAGAACCAAUCAUUGAAAAGAAAACUCGAGACAGCCAGCAGCGAGCUCGAACGACUUCAGAAAGAGCUCGUUGAUCUUCGCGCCGAGACUGAAGCUCGCGCCAGCAUCACCCCGCAGCAUAAGGCAAUCGCCGCUGUUAUUCCGCAACAAGCUGCCACCGUUGAGGCUCAUCGAAUACUCGCACCGGCGAUGUCCGACUCGAUAUCUUGUCACGACGAAAUGACGCAGCCGGAUCGAUCACUUGAAGACAUUUUAUACGGAGAAAUCGAGGACCCAUACAAAUACGGUACACUAGAAUCCGACAAGGAUCGAAUUGAAGCGCUGAAGACGGAGCUCGAGAAUCUACGUCUAUCCAAUUCGCACAUCAGCGAACUUCUAAGCGAAGCCGAAUCGGCAAACGGGCGACUAGUAAGUCAAAAUACACUGCUCAAAGAGGAAAUUCGAAGGCUCGAGCGAAAAGAAGGACGAGAAGAAGAGCUAUCAAACGAGAAGAACAUGGAGUACUUGAAGAAUUGCAUAAUUCAGUUCAUGAAACAUCAGUGUGGUCAAGCUGAGCGAGCGCAGCUAAUAAUUGUGCUCCAAAGGGUGUUACACCUUUCGCCACAAGAGGUCGAUGUUUUGAAAAAAGCCGCUGAUCACAUAAACUCGGCGACAACAACUGGAUGGUCGUCCUACUUAACCGGAUGGUCCUCAUAG